GCUUGUUUUAGAGGUCUCUGAGAGCGAUGUGAGGAAAGAAGAACGUCGAAUUUACUAUCUUGUAUACUGUUAUGCGUGGUCGACUGCCAUCACAAUCGGCGAGCGGUAGCCACGUUCUUUUUCCCAUCUUGCUCGACUGGGGAAUUCGCGAUGGGGGCAUAUAAGUAUAUGCAGGAGUUGUAUCGCAAGAAGCAGAGCGAUGUGCUUCGCUUCUUAUUGCGUGUUAGAUGCUGGCAAUAUCGUCAAUUAACAAAGAUGCAUCGUGCUCCUAGACCUUCUAGACCUGACAAGGCUCGUCGUUUAGGUUACAAAGCCAAACAAGGCUUCGUAAUCUUUAGAAUCCGUGUGCGCCGUGGUGGUCGCAAACGCCCAGUUCCCAAGGGUGCAACCUAUGGCAAACCUAAGAGCCAUGGUGUGAAUCAGUUGAAGCCAACCAGGAAACUUCAAUCAGUUGCUGAAGAACGUGUUGGCCGUCGUUGCGGCGGAUUGCGAGUACUAAAUAGCUACUGGGUGGCUCAGGAUUCAUCGUAUAAAUAUUACGAAGUUAUUUUGGUUGAUCCCGCACACAAGGCAAUUCGUAAUGAUCCAAAGAUGAAUUGGAUAUGUAAUGCAGUUCACAAGCAUCGUGAAUUGCGUGGCAAGACUUCCGCCGGCAGGAGCUCGCGCGGAUUAGGUAAAGGACAUCGUUACUCACAGACAAUCGGCGGUUCCCGUCGUGCCGCAUGGUUGCGGCGAAAUUCGUUGUCUCUCCGCAGAAAGCGAUAAUAUUAUUUGUAUUCAUAAGAAAUAAAACGAUAUACAAAUUAAUGAGAAAA